UCGGAAACAAGAAAACCACUACCGGAGUCCUCUUUAUCAGUAGCAGGAACGGGGUGGGGAAGUCUCGGGUACAGGCAGUAGUACCACGAGCAAACUUACUCCUGCAGCAGGAAGUACUUUUAUCAAGACGAAGAAAAUAAAGCUGGAACGAGCAAUGGAUACUGCAACGAGCAACACAGGAGGUGGAAGCGCGUUCGCCAGCGAUAGUUCUACGAACCUGGCAACCGUGAUCAAAGGCCUCAAGAAAUUCGACGGAAAGGACCCAGCUGAGUUCAAGACAUGGAUGAAGAAAUUCUGCGUGGUGUUAGGUGUGACCAGGAAGGACAUCCUGCCACUGCUGAAGAAACAAAGGAAGCCGGAUCACGCAGACACAGCGGCCUUCGACUCCUACACAAGGGCAAACGAAGAUCUCUACGCCAGUCUUUUCCUCCUAAUGGAACCUCCAGCCGCCUUGUCGAUACAGAAGCACGAAGACGACACUGGCAUCAGCGGCGACGGACAAGCUGCCUUCGAGGAGCUCUGCAACAACUAUGACAGGGUAACGGACGAGGUCAUCAGGGCCAAGAUGGAGGAGCUGGAGAACAACCCCAUGAACCCUGGUGAAAAUCCCGACAACUACUUCAACCAGAAGCACCUACUUCGCACCCAGUUGGAUAAGAUGGGAGAACCCAUCUCCGACCGCCGCUUCAAGGACAUCUGCGUACAGGGCUUCUCCGACGAAUACAAGGACGUCAAACUGAUGGUGUUCAGAGACCCAACCUUCAACGUCCUGGACAUGCAAUCCACCAUGCGCAACAUCUUCUUGGACGAACAAUCGCGCAAGGGAUGGAAGGGACGCAUAGCUGGUCGAGGAUUUGCCAUGGCAACGACCGCGUCUGACAUCAUCUGCCACAGCUGCUACGAGCCGGGGCACAUCAGGAGGAACUGCCCCAAGAUCAAGAACAGGGCGAAGAAGAAAACGAAGCCCGCCGGAGCUACCAAGUGGUGCUCCAAGCACAACACCACGUCUCACUCGGACGAGGAAUGCUACCAGCAAGGAGGAAAGCGCCCGGAAGACACCAAGGACUCAAGUAAAGCAUUCACCGCGUGCUCCAACUGCACUCACUGCUCGUCGGCGUCCAACAAGCACGACUCAAACGAUGAAGUGGCAGUUGUCGACUUCACCCGGGACGAGGACGCCUUUGACAGCGGCUUCAUGUUCGCCACGUGUUCCCGAUCUCAGGACGCAACUUCGCAGCGAGCUCCACCGGGGUAGGCCUGCUGGUAGACACGGGAGCAUCGGACACAAUGUUUGACAAUCGCCUCAUCCCCGACGGAAACCUCCACGAUUACACCCAGCGAAACUCUCCAAAGAUCGUGGACGUGGCCGGAG